GUAUUCUUUCCUGCCCAGCGUGCAAACAGACCUGCUUUGCAAGAGAUGUAGUUGAAAAUUGCUUUCUCAAGGAUUUUCCCACUGCAAAUUCAGCUAUGGCAAAGAGCUGCUCCAUGUGUAAAGAGAAGAGACCUGCUCAUAGUCUCUGUACGAGCUGCAAUAAGUGGCUGUGCAGCACAUGUACAGAGGAACACAGGCAUGGCAGGAAAACUGGGGACCACGUUCUGUCUGUAUCCCUGAAGGGCUGCACAGCGACUGAAGAAGAGGCAAAUGAAUUGCCCUUACUUUGUCCAGUGCACACUCAAGAACCACUCAAGCUGUUCUGUGAGACCUGUGAUAUCCUUACGUGCAGCAGCUGCCUGCUGAAAGACCAUAAGGAGCACAGGUUCAGACAUCUUGAUGAAGCUUUGCAAAAUCAGAGAGCUAUCCUGGAAAAUGUUGUAGCUAAAGUGGAAGAGAAAAAAAGUGGAAUUCAGGUUUCAGCUAAACAGAUUGAAGACAGGUUGCUUGAGGUAAAACAUUUAUACAAAAAAGUAGAAAAUCAAAUCAAAAUGGCCAAGAUGGUUUUGAUAAAUGAAAUCAAUAAGCGAACAAACAUCCUUCUUGAACAACUUGAAAAAAUCACAAAUGAAAGGAAGCAGAAAUUGGAGCAACAACUGCAAGGUCUUGCAGUUUUAAGUACACAGGUUGAACACGUGCAGAACUUCGUCAACUGGGCAGUGUGCAGUAAAAAUAGCAUCCCAUUUCUCUUCAGUAAAGAACUGAUUGUGUUUCAGAUCCAGCGCUUAUUAGAGACAAAUUCUAACACAGACAUAGCCCCUCCUCUGAAGAUCAGAUUCACUUGGGAUCCCUCCUACUGGAGUAAGCAACUGUCCAAUUUUGGAGGUUUCACUAUGGAAGGGGGACACACUUCACAUUCAGAUGUCCUCCUGUACGGAAAUGUACAAGGAUUACAGACACCCUUGUAUCAUGGGCACUGUUCCCCAGUGUCGCAGCUGGAGCCUGUGAAUAGCCAGCCACAUCAGUUUCCCCCUGCCGCUCAGUGUCCUAUUCCUGUGUGUUGCUCACACUGCCUCAGUGUACCUCACUCAAACAAAGCUCAGCCUUCUCACCAGAACAUAAGCCCCCAUCAACACUUUCGACAGCCUUCUGAACUGCAUCAGCAGCACUUUCCCCUGCAGUACAGCAUGCAGCAAUGUGACAAAGAGCAAAGGGGUGUUUCCCAGCCUCUGAAGCCAACGCAGUCUGAACGAGAGCAGCAGUCAAGGUCUGAGUCAGAGAAUGCAUCUGGGAGAAUGGGAAAGCACUUACUAUCACAGCAGCUGCAACAGACUGUGCCUCUGGGCUACGCUGUUGUAUCACAUGAGGCUCAGCAGGCUCACACAAGCCAUCCACAGCUGUUUCGCUCACAGACUGCUUUGCAGACAUCAACUGUGCAAGUGCAGCUUGGCCAUCUUCAGAAGAUAAAGUCUAACAACGUGCAGCAGCCACCACAGCAGCAGCAGCUGUCACCAGCAUCACCACCACCAAGUCAAUAUGAGAACACUCACAAACAAGUCAUGCAGCAAAGCGUGGACAUAAUGCACCACCAGUUUGAACUGGAGGAGAUGAAAAAGGAUCUGGAGCUUCUUCUCCAGGCCCAAGGGCAGUCCAGUUUGCAGCUAAACCAAGCCAAGCCACCUCAGCAUGUUCAACAGACCAUAGUUGGUCAGAUAAAUUACAUAGUGAGACAACCAGCCCCUGUUCAGCAGCAAAUUGAAGAUGAAAGACAAGUCUGUGAGAAUUCCACUGAACUUGAUGCCCAGAAGCCUGUAGUUCCUCUUGACAGAAGCAAAAUAUCUUCCAUGUCUCAAUCAUUGGAUGAAGAAAUCAGUGUCAGCAGUCACUCCCCUGAAACAACAUUGCAACAAUCAACUUUCCAUCCAGUCAGAAAGCCUUCAGCAUCAUUAGGUGUGGGCUUUUCAAACGAUUUAGAAAUGGAACUACCUUCAAGAUUAUCGAGGUCAGUCGACCCACAGGUGCAAGGCAUAGCCACUGUGGCACUUGGCCCAUCCCCAAGCACCCGCUGCGACUGUGAUACUCCACCAGAGCCAGUGCCCAGCUACAGUUUGGCACUGGGAAGAGCUUCAGUUGAGCUGAACCCUGGGGUUUCUACUGCCCUCACACCAGGUGAUGCACAUCAGGGGAGCGCAAAGUGCAAGCUGGAAAAUGAAGACUUCAAUUCUGUGGAUCAUCAUCCAGAAAACAGCUUGGCUACAGCUGGGCAAGAUGUAGUGAGUGAAUUAAGUCUUUCUAUGCAAAACGUUCUGGAAGAACCUAUUAAUCUUUCGGUCAAAAAAUCUCAGCGUUGUACUUCUCCUUCUGAACUGCUCAGCAACAAUUCUCUUCUUCCUGUGAAUGCCAGGAUAAGAUCACUUACAAAUGAAGAAGAUUCCAGUAACUGUGAAAAGGAACAUUUUGAAAUGGUUAUGAAAAGCAAUCAGAAUGUCAGUGCUUGCCCUAGAGAGCCAAGGAUCCCCUAUGUGAGACUGGAACGUCUGAAAAUAUGUGUAUCGGAAUCUGGCGAGCUACCAGUUUUUAAGCUCCAGCCACAGGACAGUGGGCAGGAGGGCAAUUUUCUUCUAAUAAUUGAGCAUGGGACCCGGUCUUCAAGUAUGGCUAUAAAAAUAAAUAAAGGUGGUUCACCUGAAGGACUGAAAUCCAAAGAGGAGAACACAGAUGACAGAAAAUUUCUCAUAACCCAGACUGCAGGACAAAUAAAAUCUGCUCCUGCAGAUAUUCCAUCUGUCGAUCAGAAGCUCACCAAUGGUACCUCCAUCAUGAAGAAAUCUCCAGUUACUCAGGAAGUGAAUACAAUUGAGAAUGAAGACUUCUGUGCUGUGUGUCUUAAUGGAGGAGAACUGCUGUGCUGUGAUCAUUGCCCCAAGGUCUUCCAUCUCUCCUGCCAUGUUCCAGCCUUACUCAGUUUUCCAGUGGGAGAAUGGGUGUGUACACUUUGCCGUAAUCCAAUGAAACCAGAGGUAGAAUAUGACUGUGAAAACACACGCUAUGCUCAUAGUUAUAAUGCACAAUAUGGCCUUGAUGACUAUGAUCAGAAGAAGUGUGAAAAGCUGGUGCUUUCCCUGUUCUGCAGUAGUAUGAGCCUCCCAUUCCAUGAACCAGUCAGCCCCCUGGCUCAACAUUAUUAUCAGAUCAUCAAAAGGCCAAUGGAUUUGUCAAUCAUAAGAAAAAAGCUGCAAAAAAAGGAUAAGUUCCACUAUUCUGCACCUGAGGAACUUGUGACUGACGUGCGUCUUAUGUUUUGGAACUGUGCAAAGUUCAAUUAUCCAGAUUCAGAGGUUGCUGAGGCUGGACGAUGUCUAGAUGUAUUCUUUGAGGGCAAACUGAAAGAGAUUUAUCCGGAUAGGCACUUCCCCUCAGCGCAACAAGAUGACAGUGACUGUGAAGAGUUGGAGAACCAGAACAGCAAAAUGCCCCCCCAGGAUUUUCACUGGCCAUCACACGAACAGGAGUGGGUUCAACCUAAAAAGAGGCGACGCCACACUGUAAGAUUGCAAAAACAGAAGCAUUUGGUUGCUAAGUGGCCACCCUGCUAAUUCUGUUUGCAGCUACUGAUGGGAAGUUUUGACAGUGCUGUGUGGGAAAACUGUCAAGCUUCUAUCACAGAAAUGUGAUCAGUUCUGCAGUUUUAUGUCAAGAUCCUCUCAGUGGGAUAAAGUGUCAGUUGUGUAUAAGAACGCGAGAAUGAACAAGUGAAGUCUCUCAGGCCACGCAGUUAUCUUCCUAGCAGAAAACUCUGUCAAGUUUUUGAUUUUUUUUUUUAAAGACUAAGCCCUCUAGCUAUUCACUGUUUGUUUCCUUUGUGCACAGGAAAGCGACAAAGCUAAAAGAAUGACGUUUCAGACUGCUAACAACCUUCCUCAGGUGUGACCUGCUGAAGAUACCUGAUUUGCUAAGAGGAAUCCAGCAGAAUAACUGACAGAAUUAAGGUGUGUGGGAGGAAAGCAAAGCGCUUGGGCUGUUAACUUAUCUUCUCCUACUCUGCUGACCAUAUGCCUUAUUUGUAGAUCUUGUGGAUAGAUAACAGAUCAGGAGUGUUUGAUUCUGUCCAUAUGUUAAAUCACGUGUACGUUUUGCAAUGUUUACACUGAAGUACUGAUGUUUUGGUGAUAAAUAAUGAUUAAUAAUAAAAGUAACAUGCUAAGAAUAUUUAAAAUUGCAGUACCAUUUCAUAAUCUGUUCAACAUGACAUCUCUAUUUUAUAGAACACGGGUAACCAUGUAAUAAUCUUAUAAUGACAGUGUGAAUAUCGGCCGUGCUUUGUGAUAAAUACAAUGUGUGGUCAUAAGACAUAAUCCUGUUGUCUUAUUCAAUGAUGUUUCUGGGAGCUUGACUGCUCAAGGCCUAUGGGAUACAGUCUAAUGUGAUUAUCUGAUUAGCUGUUUCUUUUGAAGCAGAGCAUUCUCAUUAAGUGACUAAAGAGCUACUGCAUUAUGUGACACAGCUCUGUGUGAGCUGCUGCUGAGUGCACGCUGGAUGCUCAGUUUGCAAGGAAUGAUUCUCCUGGUAUUUAAUUCGUGCUCUAUAAGGCAGAGCAGAAUUUUUGGGAUCCUCAAAGGCAGCAUUACUGCACAACCCAGACCAGUUGUUUUUCUUUAAAGCAGAUCACUUUAGUAAGUUCACAAUGGAGCAAUUUACGUGGUUAUAGAAGUGCCUAUAAAAUAACAUCAUGUACCCCUGAUUUUCUCUUAUUUCUGUUCAUUUCUUGUAGACGCGAUGAUUAGCAAUGCUAGAAGAUGACAAUAAUGUAUAUGUGUAGAAGUUCAUACAGGAUGAAAGGAUGCCUAAGCUUUUGUUGUCCUAAAUUCUGCAUCAUACUGGCAGAACAACUCCAAGGGCUGAAAGGCAACAGUUCACUGGAGCAAAGGAUAGAAUGUAAUUUGUAAAGCCUAAAGUGUAGAAUAGGUAACAAAACAUGGUGCCUGAUCAGAGUAACGGUUUGCAAGCUACUCUCCACCUCUUCCAGAAGCAGAUGAGCCAGACAUUCACUUGCCAAUGCUUUCUCCCCAUGUAUGUGAGGGGCAUCUCCCUCUAUAGAGCUCUGCCUAGCAGCUUAAGGCUGGGCUGUGCUCUGGCUCUGAGAGAGAAAUAGAUUGUUGUGGAUCUCAUACCCAAUUAGAGUCCAUUUUAAUUACUGUCCUGUAAAUAAAGAUGAUAUUUUCAGCAUAGGUUAUAAUGGGCUAUUUGGUCUGGUAACCAUGUAUGUUAUUUUAGAAUAACACUUUAAAGUAAAGGUUUAUAUAUGAAAGAGUAAGAUGUGAAUGUUAUAUUCUGCUGUCUGUGACUUCCUGUUUGCCAUUAACCUGAUGUUUUCUUUUCUUUGGAAAAAUAAAGUUCUGGAUAUUAUAAGCUGAC